GCCAGUCACACACUCCCCGUUGGACUAUCUGUAUUUUCUUUCCAUUGUGGAUUGAAAUUUUUUUUCUCUUUUGGUUUGGUGCUGACAUGAUGUCAGAGGGCAAGAAGAGGGAACGGAACGGGAAAAAGAGGGGUGGAAAAAAAGGACGCAAGGAGAGCAGGGAUUCCAUAGAAGGUGCUCCUACACUGAGACGUAUGAAGAAUCCAGUGUUGGUGGGAGAAGGAAGCAGGCUGAUUGUGAAGUGCGAGGCCUCCGGCAGCCCCACCCUGGAGUAUAAGUGGUACAAAGAUGGCACUGAACUGAAGAAGAGCAAAGAGAUCAAAAUCAGGAAUGGCAAGAAAAACUCCAAAGUUCAGAUUGGCAGUGCAAAACUGGAGGAUUCUGGGAAUUACACAUGUGUGGCAGAGAAUUAUCUGGGCAAAGACAACGGUACCAGUACCGUGCACGUACAAAGCAUAACCACAACGUUAUCUCCAGACCCGGGCCACGCCAGAAGAUGCAACGACACAGAAAAGGCCUACUGCGUGAACGGCGGCGACUGUUACUUCAUACAUGGUAUUAAUCAGCUGUCUUGCAAAUGUCCAGACGGAUACUUCGGCCCGCGGUGCUUGCAGACAGAGCCCCUGCGGUUAUACGUGCCCAAACCUAAUAAAAAGUCUCUCGGGAUUGAAUUUAUGGAGGCAGAGGAGCUUUAUCAGAAGAGAGUCCUGACAAUCACCGGCAUCUGUGUGGCUCUUUUGGUGGUGGGCAUAGUCUGUGUGGUGGCCUACUGCAAAACCAACCUCCCCCCCAGGAAACAGAGGAAGAAGAUGCACAAUCAUCUGAGGCAGAACAUGUGCGUGGAUCACCCCAACCGGAACCUGGCCAAUGGACCCAAUCACCCAGGCCCUGGUCCUGAGGAGAUACCCAUGGUAGAUUAUAUCUCAAAAAAUAUUCCUGCAACUGAGAGAGUUAUUAGACACGGAACAGAGGUGUCUUUUCCUGGCAGCCGACAGUCUUCCAGAUCCCACAAUUCCUCCACCCGGGCCCAUUCCUCCACUCACAGACACGAGGGGAGAACGUGGAGUCUGGAGCACACAGACAGCGUCCUCUCCGACUGUCCUUCCGGCAUGAUGUCGUCCUCAGUGGGGACCAGUAAAUGCAGCAGUCCUGCGUGCAUGGAGGCGCGGGCCAGGCGUGCCGCACACUGUGGCUUUACUGAGCCCCACCGGCCGGCCCUGCAGUAUGGCGACUCAUUCGACUCGCUUGGGGACUCUCCGCAUAGCGACAGGUAUGUGUCCGCCCUGACCACACCGGCUCGCCUGUCUCCCGUGGACUUCCAUUACUCACUACCCCCACAGGUGCCUACCUUCCAGAUAACGUCCCCCAACACCAGCCACGCCAUGUCCUUGCCCCCUGCUGCACACACUCCAUACCCCCCGGUGGAGGACCAGCCGCUGCUACGCCGCUACCAGGUGCCCCUGCAUGAGGCCCGGGUUCACGAGCCUUACCGGCAACAGCAGCGCACCAGCUACCUGCAAGACAGCAUGGGCAGUCUGCCCUCCAGCCCUUACCGGCUGGCUCAGGAGGAGGAGUACGAGAGCACCCAGGAGUACCUGUCCUCCCUAGAGCAACCAAAGAGAAGCAGUCGGCGCUGGCGCAGGUCCAGACUCAACGGCCAUGUGGCGCCGCGUGGCUACCAGCCGUCCCGGGACUUGGGCUCGCGCAGUUGCCUGUCAGACAGUGACUCAGAAGUGGAGGAAGGUGAGAGCACACCCUUCCUAAGUAUGCAGAAUAUGAAUGCGGCCGAGCCCUCCACCCUCUACAGACCCAUACCCGACACAAGGACUUCUCACGCCCAGAGCGGGCGGCAUGGGCCUCGUGCCAGCACACAGACCAGACUGACACACUCACGGCCCAAACUGGACAAUGCACCCCACUAAAGAGACCACCACCUAUACACAAAAUCAAUCUACUAUAGACCUGCACCUAUAAGAAAUAUUUUUAUUUUAUAUAACUGACAGAUAUUCUAAACAAAUGAAAUAUUUAUUUUCAUUUUAGCAAAAGUUGUCUACUAGUUAACAGCAAAGACUUUUUUUAUAGUGAAAACUCUAUUUAUAUGUACAUUUUGAUUUACAGCAUAAAAAAGAUGUGCCAAUUUUUUCACAACUUAAGAAAAAAAAAUAGAGUAAUAUUGUGGUGCCUUUUGCUGUAUGCCGACGCCAGAGGGCCAGUGAAGUUUUUUGUAGCCUUUCUUAUACGGACGCCUCAUUUUUUAUACUCGUUUACUCUUUUGUUAUCUCUUUUUGGCCUUUUUCCUUACUUUUCUUUCCAGGUUGUGUUCUAUGGGGAGCAAACCCCCAUUUGAACUGUGACAUUGCCCUCCUUUAUCCCUCCCCCCACACCAUCAUGCAAUAUAAACCACUCGAACAUAAGGUGUAUGUUUACAUAGAUUUUAUUCAAAGAGAUGUUUUAUGAUCAUGUUGCUUUGCCAACAGGAAAUCGAUGACAAAUGCAAUUGGGGGUUCUUUCUCUGUCUAAAAUGGGGCGCGAUAAAAUAUGUUUUUGUGCGUGUGUGAGUGCUAUGUCGUAAUGCUUCAUCUGACCAAAUGGGUAGCUCUGUCAUGCACCGCGGCAAGGUGCGUAGGCAGAGCGAUCAAGAGGCCUGGGAAUGACUGUGGCUCUGAGAAAUAUGCUGCUGUUGUCUAGAGUUACGCAUACACGUGUACACCUGAUGUGUUCGAUCAGAUGCCCUGCCCUGCCUUGACUUGCAUUGUAUUCCUACAGGGUAAGGUUUGUCACAUGGGAGCCUUCUCAUUCCAAAGGGUAAAUGUGAGGAGGCCGUGGGCCGGGAUAACAGCUGGUGGAGUUGAACUUGGCUGUCAGUGCUAAUAGCUUUUGUCAGAUAACAAAGAAAUAAAGAACAUAUAGUCUUUCCCACUCAAGCCACCUUCCAAUCACUCUUUCAAGUCACCCUCAUUAUCAGCACAUCCAUCCGAUUAGUGCGGCCAUCGGAGAGAUAGAUAGACAGGGAGGGAGAGAGAGAGAGAGUAUGGACUGAUGGAAGGCCUCACCACGUCUCAGGACCUCACUCCACUACACAUUUCCCUCAUGUACAGGACUGAAGAGAGAUUGACGGAUGUGCCUGUUCUCCCUUUGGUCCCUGUACUCCAGGACAGAAAAAGUGAAACUGAAUUUCUGUGCAAAAUACACAAACAAACUUAGACUCAAAUGACAAGACACAUAGCUGUGAAUUACUAGGGGUCAUUAAAAUGCCAAAAUAUGCAAACUUUAUAUUCUACUUGUGUUCAACUGCAUUUCAUUUUUUAGAUAAGAAUGGCAUGUAAUGUAUAUUUUGCUGGCAUGUUUUAAUUUGAGGUCUAUUUAUUUCAUUAAGUCCACAUAUUUCAUACUGUUUCAUAUUCACAACCAGUAAGACACCAAAUAGCGCUUAUUGUUGUUUUUAUUAUCAUUAUUAAAGUACGCUAUGAAAUCAGUAUAUCAUUUUCUUAUAAGCGACUAUAAUACAAAGCCAUGCCUUCAUCUCCAUUUUGAAGCACUCACUGGGCCCAGACCAAACUAAACUAAAAACAACUGCAUCGAAUGGCUCUGUUUGGAAGGAGACACUACUACAUUUAGAACCUAAUCAGUGAGAUGAAGUAUAUUAUAAUCAGCUGUUUUUAACUAUUCACCUACAACAAAGAGCGUCCACAGUCAGCAUCAGCUUAAAGAAUAUUCAUGUUAAAGGAGGUGAAGUCCACUCGAUAAGGCACAUAAAAUCAACACCAAAUAUUGGAGGAUCUGAACAAGGCAGAUACGUGCUAGAUAUAUUUUCAUGCACUUCUAUUAAAAGAGAUACAAUGUGUUGUGAUUAUUUUGGUGAAAAAACAAUAAUGUUCAAGUUAGAACCUAAAAGGGGUUUAAUGCUGUAUUAUGACAGCACAAUGGAUUAUCUUUCUUUUUAAAUGAAGAGAUGUUGGGUUUGAAGGUUAAAGAGCAGAAUUUCUCUUAAUGUUUCCCCCCUCACAUUUUAGAUCUCUGUAUGUUUGAGAAAUGCCAAAAAAGACUAGUUGGUUUAUAAAUGGAAUUUCACUCCUCAACCCCUGAAAACUCAACCUCUGGUGGUUAGUUUUGAUUUCCCCCUUGCUUGAAAUGUCUAAACACCUCACCUCUGCAUGUCCUUGUGGUCAAGGUUAGAUGGGUGCAUGGUACAAGCAGCAUAUUCUUUUUUUUUUUUUUUUUUCUCAAGUCAGUGGAAGUGUAUUCUUUUUUAUUAUUAUUUUUUUACAUUCAGCAAUAAAAAGGAAUCUUUUUCCCCACCAUGUCCAUUCUUGGAAAAAUGCUAGAGGAUUUAAAAAAAGAGAGACAAACAAACGUGACUGUCAUAGAUUGUAAAAAUAAAAAUGAAAACACCUGUUCAUAUGAGAAAAUAAAUCUUUCUUGGUAUCAUUUUGACACAUG